AUGAAUCGUCCAAACAGGCCUCCUGCUCUUCACAUAGACAACCGUGGUAAUUUCGAGAAGCCUCCUUUGGGAAUGGAUAUUCCGGAACUGAUUGUCGACCCAUUACCCACUCCUGAUAUCUCUUCUGCCAGAUCUGAGCUUGAGAAUAUAUCUGUAGAGGACUGGACGAACACUCCUAAUCAAUUCCCUUCGUUCUCAGGACUACCUCAUAGCCCCAAAGAUACCAUCUCGAGGCAGCCAAGUGAAGAGAUCCUACACGAUAUCAUAUCGAGCACAGUACCUAGAGGGAAUGUCUACAUCGCCGGUCUACCAGGAAGUCCUAAAAGAAGUAGUCCAAAUCAUUCCGUCUAUCCGACGGGUCCUAAUAAGAAAGAGCCUGACGAAAUAUAUCAGCCUUCGAUCCCUCCAUCCUCCAGUAGGAUACUAGUCACCGAGGAUGGUCAGACAUUCCGUGAAAGUGUACAUCGAGAAUUCAACAUGAAACAAUCUAGACCUAACACCGCGAGCUCAAGUUUCGAAGAAUCAUCAGCCAAUGAGAUGAGCAGGUUACUUGAUAGUCCACCUGACUCUUUGAUCGUAAACAAAGAACUAUACGCUUACAGCCCCGGAGCGAACGAGUACAAGAGAUCAGGUCGAGUUCAAUCCCCCGCUGGAUCGCCCACGAGCACCAUCUCCACGUCAAGUAAAGAAGACUACUUUGGUACAAUGCCUGCACGAGCCUCAAGUAGCAGACUCUCGAGACCGAGGAGCUUUAGACAAAGUGAUGAUAGGAGCCUCUAUCGAUUAAACCACGCGGCGGAUAGCACUCAAUCACUCGCUGAGGUACUCGCUCAAGCUGACUCUCCAGGUCAGCAGCGAGAAGGUCGUGGUCUAGGCUUGAGGAUCGAUACUUCAGGAACGGAUUACAGGGAUAGUUUCGCAUCUUACACUGACACAAUCCCUAAAUCACCAGAUUCACCGAUCGGCGGUUCUUCCAAGAACUCCCCAGUAAUGAGACACAUGUAUAGUGCUGCGGGACGCAUUGGAAGUAUCGAAACACUACAAGAAGAUAACGAGUCAGAAGGUGAUGAUCAACCUCGAAAUAGAGAUAUGAACCCAUCAGGUGCUGGAUCUGGAUCUGGCUCGAUGGCCUAUACGGCUGAAGGAGCUCAAUCAUCAACAGCGGAUGAGAAGAAGCGAAAAGCUUUCGGGAGAUUCUGGCGGGACAAAGUCAAGUCAAGCGUCAGAUCCAAAAGGAUGAGAUCCGGUACACCAUCACCUGCUCUCAGCCCAACGACUGGACAAACUUUAUCUCCACUAGAAUAUGGGUACGAACAGAAAUAUGUACAAGUACCAUAUAUGAAACCUGAAGAUAUAUAUAAUAUGUCAGUAGAUGAGAAGAAGGAGUUCAGAAGAAGAUUGACCCUUUCAAUCAAAUCACAAAUAUCUUUGAGCGGAGCUGGAGCUGGAGCUGGAGCUGAACCGGAAGGGAUACCAGCACACGAUUCAAGCAGUUUCCAAUCUAGGAUGACCAGAAGAAGGUCCACGAUCGAAGGUGAUCAGCAGUCCUUAGAUGAACCAAGAUCUGGUACUCUUCGAAGACAAUAUUCGACUAUGUCAACGAGAAGUACUAGAUUGUUCGAAUAA